AUGGUGACCGUGAGGUCAAUUGUUUCACUUGCUGCUUUUAGAAACUGGAGGUUAUGGCAACUUGAUGUAAAGAACGCAUUUCUUUACGAUGAAUUAGACCAUGAGGUGUUCAUGGAACAACCCAAAGGAUUCGUCUCCAAGCAAUUUCCUCAACAUGUUUGCCGGUUGAAAAAGGCAUUGUAUGGCCUUAAACAAGCACCAUGUGCUUGGUAUGGUAAAGUUGCUCAGUACUUCAUCUUUUGUGGAUUUAAAGUUGCUAAUUCAGAUUCUAGUUUAUUUGUAAAAUUAGAACCAAAUAUGCAUUUGUUGGUUUUACUAUACGUGGAUGACAUGAUAAUCACCGGAGAUGAUGAAACUGAAAUUUCUCAAUUGAGGAACAAUUUGUCAACUCGAUUUGAAAUAAAAAAUUUGGGUGAGAUUGGAUGUUUUCUUGGGCUAGAAGUGGAGAAAUUAGAUCAGGGAUAUUUUAUAUCUCAAAGACGAUAUGCAAAGAGUCUCUUGGAGCGUUUUGGAAUAGGGGAGUCAAGAGAAAUGGCUACUCCCAUGGAGCCAUAUCUCAAGCUCAAGAAAGAGGAAGGAGAGCUAUUGAAGGAUGCUAGAUGGUUUCGACAACUUGUUGGUAGUUUAAUUUACUUAACUAUCACAAGACUAGAAAUUGCAUAUUCUGUAGGUAUUAUUUCUCAGUUUAUGCAAAAUCCAAGAACUUAUCAUUUAGAUGCUGCCAAAAGGAUUUUGCGAUAUGUAAAGGGCUCGCCUGCUUAUGGUCCUAUGUACAAGAAAGGAAGUGACUUUGUCUUAAGAGGAUUCAAUGAUGCAGAUUGGACAGGUGAUGCAAUCGAUCGUCGUUCAACUUCAGGGUACUGUUUUAGUCUUGGUUCAGCUGUUGAUUCAUGGUGUAGUAAGAAACAAUCAAGUGUUGCUUUAUCUAAUACUGAAGCUGAAUAUAUGGCUGCAACAAUGGCUGCACAAGAAUGCAUUUGGUUGAAGUGUUUGAUAGAAGAUAUUUUUUCUAAGGUUGAUUAUGCUGUGCAGAUUUAUUGUGACAAUGAUAGUGCUAUUAGACUUGCUUCAAAUCUAGUUUUUCAUGGGCGAACAAAGCAUAUUGAAGUUCAUCACCACUUUGUUCGUGAAAAAAUAUUGAAUCAAGAAAUUGAGCUGCAAGGAAUUCCUACUUACAAUCAAGUAGUAGAUAUAUUUACAAAGGCUUUAGUAAAAGUAAAAUUUAAAAACUUUAGAGCUGCACUUAGAGUUGUUGAUCGUAAGCAUGCACUAAGGGGGAGUGUUACAAAUUAG